ACGACUUUCCCGCAACUCCAAUGAUACCGCCACGCGUGCCAUUGGAUGCACACCUCUCCCAAAAUUGGAUGGCCACGAGGAGACGAUGGCGCCCCCCCAACUCGAAAGUCCUCGCUCACAGCAGACAACUACCAGUACUGCAACUGUAGCUAUCUAUUGCUGGCCAGCUAGCUAGAAAGAGUGGCUCUACCAAUACAUCAUCAUUCAAAUAAAUUGGAUCACUAGACUACUUCAGUUAUUUCAGUAAGAUGAUUGUAGGUCGUUUGUUGGUUCAGCGAAGUGCUGUUGUUGGUGUUCGUAGUCUUGCGUCUUCCGCAGUUCCCAGUACGAGUGUGGUGGACACUUCAACGCUGUUGGAUCAGUUUCGCGAUUCGUUGUCAUUGGAAGAACGUCGCGAGCAACCCGUGGGUCGUUCGUGGCAUGCCCGCGAAUUGCGCCGCAAGUCCUUUGAUGAUUUGCACAAGCUCUGGUUUGUCCUCUACAAGGAGAAGAAUGCACUAUUGACGGAAAGACAAAUGUGUCGAAGAAAUCAGAUCGAAUUCCCACAGCCAGAAAGAUUCCGAAAGGCGCAAAAGAGCAUGGGAGCCAUCAAGCAAGUUCUAGGAGAACGAAAGCGAGAACGCAUUGCUGCCUUUCACGAAAGCAAAGCGCUGGAGGAGGAAGAUCGUCUGGAAGAAGACAUGGAAAGCGAGGAACACCAAAAGGCAUAGAUAGAUAGAGCAUCACUACCGAAUCAUAUUUAAAUAAUGAUAGUUGCAAGAAUUGAGGAAAGAUAACCCUCCAGUACG